UACGGACAUAUUUAUCUCGCUGGACCGGAAGUGUUGUUGUAGUCAGCGUGCGGUUAGUUUCUAUAGGUGUCAGAAGAAUGAAUUAAUACAAUUAAUACAUAAUAAGCAUAUAUAUUUGAAUUAAAUCGUAAGAGAAAAUAUGGCAGCGAAACGCAAAGCUGAUUUAUCGGUGCCUGCAGAGGAAAGUGAUCAGCUCCUCAUCAGACCACUUGGAGCUGGGCAGGAGGUGGGAAGGUCAUGCAUCAUUCUAGAGUUCAAGGGACGGAAAAUCAUGCUGGACUGUGGAAUCCACCCAGGAUUGGAAGGAAUGGAUGCUCUUCCCUAUAUUGACUUGAUCGAUCCUGCUGAGAUAGACCUGCUUCUUAUCAGCCAUUUCCACUUGGACCACUGUGGAGCCUUGCCUUGGUUUCUCCAGAAGACCAGUUUCAAAGGAAGGACCUUCAUGACCCACGCCACCAAAGCUAUUUACCGCUGGCUGCUGUCUGAUUAUGUCAAAGUCAGUAACAUCUCAGCCGACGACAUGCUGUACACAGAGACGGACUUGGAGGAGAGCAUGGACAAGAUCGAGACCAUCAACUUCCACGAGGUGAAGGAGGUGGCCGGCAUCAAGUUCUGGUGUUACCAUGCCGGUCACGUCCUGGGGGCAGCCAUGUUCAUGAUCGAGAUAGCUGGCGUGAAGAUCCUCUACACAGGGGACUUUUCCCGACAGGAGGACAGGCAUCUGAUGGCAGCAGAGAUCCCCAGCGUCAAGCCUGACAUCCUCAUUACUGAGUCCACGUAUGGAACACACAUCCAUGAGAAGAGGGAGGAGCGGGAGGCCCGGUUCUGCAACACAAUCCAUGACAUCGUCAACAGAGAGGGCCGCUGUCUCAUCCCCGUGUUCGCCUUGGGCCGAGCCCAGGAACUGCUGCUCAUCCUGGACGAGUACUGGCAGAACCACCCAGAGCUCCAUGACAUUCCCAUCUACUACGCGUCGUCUCUGGCCAAGAAGUGCAUGGCCGUCUACCAGACCUACGUCAACGCUAUGAACGACAAGAUCCGCAAGGCCAUUAACGUCAACAACCCCUUCGUCUUCAAGCACAUCAGCAACCUCAAGAGCAUGGACCACUUUGAUGACAUCGGGCCCAGUGUGGUGAUGGCCUCUCCAGGUAUGAUGCAAAGCGGUCUGUCAAGAGAGCUGUUUGAGAGCUGGUGCACCGAUAAGAGGAACGGCGUCAUCAUCGCCGGCUACUCUGUGGAGGGUACCCUCGCCAAGCACAUUAUGUCAGAGCCAGAGGAGAUCACCACCAUGUCAGGCCAGAAGCUGCAGCUGAAGAUGUCUGUGGACUACAUCUCUUUCUCAGCGCACACUGACUACCAGCAGACCAGCGAGUUCAUCAGGGCUCUCAAACCCCCUCAUGUGAUCCUGGUGCACGGGGAGCAGAAUGAGAUGGCCCGUCUGAAAGCCGCUCUGAUCAGGGAGUACGAGGACAAUGAUGAGGUCCACAUCGAGGUGCACAACCCCCGGAACACUGAGGCCGUCACACUCAACUUCAGAGGAGAGAAGCUGGCUAAGGUGAUGGGCUCCCUGGCUGAUAAGAAGUGUCAGCAGGGUCAGAGGGUGUCUGGGAUCCUGGUCAAACGCAACUUCAGCUAUCACAUCCUCACCCCCUCAGAUCUGUCCAACUAUACAGACCUGGCCAUGAGCACGGUGAAGCAGACCCAGGCCAUUCCCUUCACUGGACCCAUCUCUCUGUUGGCCAGCCAUCUACGCAACCUGGCAGGGGAUGUGGAGGAGGUGGAGUCUGCAGAGAAAAUCACACUCAGGAUCUUCAAGAAUGUCACACUGGUGCAUGAGGCUGGCAUGGUGGUUUUAGAGUGGAUCGCCAACCCUCUGAAUGACAUGUAUGCUGAUGCGGUCACCACAGUGGUUCUGGAGGUCCAGUCCAACCCUAAAGCGCAGAAAGUUAUGGAACACAAGAAAGAAGGUAUAGAUCUGGAUGUUUUCCAGCAGAGGCUGGAGAUUAUGCUCCUUGACAUGUUUGGGGAGGACUGUGUGGACUUCAAGGACAAUAAGAACCUGACGGUAACAGUGGACGGGAAUACUGCCUUCAUCUGCCCAGAGACCAGAACGGUGCAGUAUGAGGAGGGCAGUGCUGAAGAUGAGACCCUGAGAGAGAUGGUGGAGCUGGCUGUGCAGAGGCUCUAUGACGCUCUCAACCCUGUCAUCUGAGGAGAGCCAUCCACCUCCUCCCCUCUCUCUCUCUGGAAAGGCAGCCUGUGCCAGAAGCAAUAGGCACGGCCCAACAGACCCCGGUUCCCAAACAGCAUCACCCAGAGGCACUUGCCCACUUUUCUUUACUGGCAGUGCAGUACUGAUAUGGUCUAUAUGAAGAGUUUUCCCGUGUAUUAUUAAUUGAUAUGUGUAUGUUAGCCGGGCAUUGAUUACAGUGGAUAUUUUCUACAUGUUGUCCAGUACUUGUAUUGUAACGAUUCAAAGUAUGUAAUGUCUUGACAACAUUGCCCCCUCCGUUUCAUUCCUCUGUAAUUCUAGCUGCCUUAUCACAUAAAGGAGGAAUCUGUGUUUGGAAAAGUGUAGAUUCCGCAGGAAUCAACCUCCCAUUGACUUACGUUGAAUUCUCAACGUGUAGACUUUGUAUAUCUGUAUUAUGCAUUGCAUUGAUAAAAUUUGUUUAAAAAAAAUAAAGUAAUAAAGGACCGCUGGCCACAUUUCUGAACUAA